UUUGCGUCUAGGAUAAAUUUACGUAUCCGUCAUAUAAAACGGCCGCAUAUACGCAUAUACAUUAGAUUAAGAUAUUAAACAUCGACUAUUUACUUUCGAAUUAAACGAAACGAAGAAUCGAAGAAUCGAAUAAUCGAAGAAUCGAUCAAUGGAAGGAAACGUUUCAUCGGGAUUGCCGUUGGGAUUAAAUGAGCAAAAUCUCGAAACGGAUGGUUCGUUGUUCGGAGGAAUUGCCAGCUGGAUUUAGACAAAGUUCGCAUGCCAAGGCAUCCGCCAUACGCGUGCACGUACGUACCGUAAGCGUGAGACACGACGCGUGCAAGACCGGAAUAAAUACUCUGAAAUCGUCGAUCGUCCAUUCCGCGGGAUUCUCCUACCUCGGUUAACGCUACCUCGAGAAACGUAGAACGAUGGGAACGGGGUCACGUAAUUAGGAUAAAAUAAUUUAAAAGCGUCAAACCGUGGCAUCUGGCGAUCGGUCAUCGAAACUCGAAAUAAAAAGAGCAGAUGGCGAGAACACGAGGAGAAGGAAAGUUAGUUAAGCAGGUGCGUAGCUUGGCACGCGACAGGUGAACGUCGCGAUCGCGCGUACCUUUCCCGGUGUAUCUCAAGUUCGAAGGGUCGACGAUAUCAGAUCAGAUGUGCGAACAGCGAGAAACUGAAUGAAAUGGUCGUUAUCUACAAGUUAUCGAUAGUAACUGUAAAAGGUUUUCGAGCGAUUGCCGAUGCGAAUGUCAAUGGGAAGUAAGAAACGAGCCGAGAAUCGGCGAUGGAUCGAGCUCGUAUCGCGAACGACAGAGGCGCGGAGGUCGCUUCUUAUGCUCGGUACAUAUCGCGAGGCAUCGGUUUUUCCCAGGACGACGAGAUUUCCGACCCGAUACCGCCUCUCCUUUCGUAAAUAAUCCACGUGGAGGACGACUCGGAGGAGUAAAUUCGCCGGUGGAAUACAAAAUACAAAGUGGCAGCCGUUCGUCCAACUUUAAUUCCCCGUCGCCCGCUCGAUUCUCUAAACUCCGAUUCGUCGUGUUCUCUCUAUCCUCUUGUCGCCGGACAACGAGAAUUCGCAAUUUAUCCUUAUAGAAAACGAAAGGUUCCUCUUGCCAGGAAUCCCAAUCGAUCCUCGGAUUCCUGCGAACAAAGAAAUAACGCAGUCGGAAUUCAUCGUUACAAUAAGCGAUACCUGACCGAUAGAAAUUCCGGGAAAAUCGAACACCGAUCGCCCCUUCGAUUUCCCGCCGUUUAACGUCGAAUCGAAGAGCCGCCGAAGGAGCAAGAAGAUUGGUCCGAUCAAGAUUGCUUUCGGAGCGUUUCGGAGCCAAAAUUAGCUAACUGCUAGUCGUUCGUACGAUUUAAAUUAAAUUUGCGCGACCGCGCAACGCAAUUGCGUAGAUAGUUUUCGUAAUAGGUAGAAGAGAUCUGACCAACGGACAAGAUCGGUAACCCUCGUACCGUAUCUUUCGUCCGGUAUAAAGUUUCAAUGUCAGUGGCAGGAAACGGUAAGUCGAUACAGUUGGCUUGCGACGCGCGUGCGCUCGCUUUGCAAAUCACGAUGCCUUUUACACGCUCAUUGAUAAGUGGACGAGCUAUUUUAAAUAUCGGCAUCCGACGCGCGUAACGUAACUAAAGCGGAAGCUAGGAAAUAUUACUUUCGGUGGCGUUAUCGGUGGCGUUAUCGGUGGCGUUAUCGGUGGCGUUAUCGGUGGCGUUAGCUGGUUACGGGGCAAAGAAAAAGCGUUCCCCAAAUUUCAACGAGUUUCAACGAAUUAAAUGGCAUACAAUGCAGAAUGCAACGAAAAUAUGGCGAUAGAAAAUGCAGAUGUGUUAUCGUAAAGCUUGGAAACUCGGGAAAUUUGAAUGGGAACAGGGUGAGCACCACUGUAAAACAGAAGGGCGCGUGCCACGAGUUCACAUCUGCCGCAGUUGUUUUCGCAUCCCCCCGGUUUCUUUCUGGAACACCACCACCGAUAAACGCGUCUCCGGUUUGAGAAAAAAGACUUCCGCAGGAAGCAGCAGCAGACCUUGCCAUCGCCAUCUUCCCGUUUCCUGCCUCGUCGUUUCGAAAGAAAUCGACUGGAAAUUAGUCGGCCGAAAGUAAUCGCUGGAAAGCGAUCGCUCGAAAGCCCUCGAACGGGAGGUGGCAACGUUUCUAGAAAAAUCUCCGCUUUUACCGAAACUCGUUCUUACCGCUUCUUAUCGCGGAUAGAAUAAACGAUUCUCGAGAAAUCGUCUAGUCGAGGACGAAGAAGAAGAAGAAGAAGAAGAAGAAGAAGAAGAAGAAGAAGAAGAAGAAGAAGAAGAAGAAGAAGAAGAAGAAGAAGAAGAAGAAGAAGAAGAAGAAGAAGAUGAAGAUGAGGAGGCGAAGCUACUCUUGCUUUCUGUCAGCGUGUUCCUCUUAAGGCCGUCGUGGAAGCGUUUAAUAACGCCACACCGUCGGUUCUGGCUGCGAAGACGCGUCUUCCGCGAUCUGCCGAUCGGCCGGCGAACAAAUUCGUGGAAAAAAGCGUAAACGCGAUGCGAAUUGGAAAUUGAAAGCGUCGCUCGGCGAGUUAGGAACGACGAUAGGGGAAGGGGUCGGGUGAAGCGGUAGUACGGGCCUGAAUAAGGGCCCAAGGAAGGGGACCCGGCUCAGGUAAGCAGCUGCAAGCGUCCGCAGGGGCAACAGCAGCCGCGCGCUUAAAUUAGUCCCGGCACAACUGUCGUUCGCGUAACACCAAAGCGAGGAGAGUGAAUUGUUCGGUCGUGUGUUUCGGAAGAGCGUGGUGACAAAUUUUUCAAGAGAAACGGACGAUAGCGUUUGGAUAUGUCGGUGAAUGCGAAAAACGUUGAACUUUGAAAGGGAGCACCAGGCGAGAUUCGAUAAUCUUAAAUUUCACCGUCGCACGCUACAACUUCAAGGCACUUUGGAAAUUCGAAAGUUCGCGGUUACGAUCGAUGAUGCGGAGUCGCUGAUCGGCUAAGUGAAUUUUAACGAGAAGGAAAUCUGGCCACCUAUGGGUGGCAGAUCGCGAAGAAGCUAGAGGCGAAGAUCGAGAGACGAGCGAACGAAGAGGGAAGAUGCUGAUACUUAGGCUGAUCGCGGUGUCGAGUCUCUGCUGGAUGGCCAGGUGCGAUUUGUUGGACCUGUACGUGCAGCACAUGGACGAGACGAUGAGGACGUUGGCCUACAGGAACAGGCAUCGUCCGAAAGACGUCGUAUCCAGGAUAAAGAGAAGCGUCGGAGAGGAACAGGCUACUCUUCUCAGAGUAGGUACGUUCAAGAAACAACGGCUGGACGUGGACAAAGAGUGGUACUCGCGAUGGAAGGCGAGAAGGAAGAUCCCUUACAAGGAGGACGGGCUGGACUUUGCCAAUUCGAGGGAAGAAAACACGGACCCGGAUCAACACGAGCUGCUGAACAACGCCAGUCGGAUACUCGGCGUCGACGGAGAAUCCGAAGAAACGACGACCGCGUCCACGCUGGAGACGAACGAAACCGUGAACUCGUUCGAUAUCGACGUCUCUAACGGAGAAUCGACGCGGUGGUCCGGCAACGAUACGGCACCGUUCGACGAACGGCCGGUCGAUCCACAGAAUCUGAUGGCGGAAUCUCGGGAGGAGACCACUCGGAUCGUAGAUUCGCAGGACGACGUCGUAACAGACGGGAAUUAUCGAUCGGAGACGGUGGACGAAAUUGGUAGCGCCGGAGCGAACAACCUCUUCGACGAUCCUAUCUUGAAAAGAAGUCCAAAGUCGCGAGACAGUCGAGUUCCGAAAAAGUACAUACCACCGAUCGACAAAUUGGCGAAGCUGUUACGCGCGUCCAAGUAUACCGGUGCCGAAGAGACGGUACCGGUGGACGAUCGACCGCGAAGAAGCAUCGAGCAACCGAGGUUCACCAGACGCGAGAUACUCGACGACGACGGCGAAGUGAUCCUCGAGUGGGAUCCUUCGGACGAGCAGAUGGUCACCUUCAAGGUGAUCGCCAAGACAUUGGGAUACGUCGGCAUCGGGUUCAACGAGAAAGACCACACGAAGGGAGCUGAUAUUCUGCUGGCAUGGGUGGACGAUCACACGGGCACCGUCAAUCUGCUGGACUCGCACGGGAUCGAAGGUCCAGAGGCGGCCCUGGUCACGGACACGUCGCAGGAUGUCAAAGUAUUGGGGGGCUCGCAAAACGAAACUCACACGAGCGUGAUCUUCUCGCGAAAUUGGCAGACUUGCGACCCUCAGGACCAUCGGCUCACGGGAGACACGAUUCGAGUCCUCUGGGCGCUUCAUUCCAGCGAUCCCGAGCUAAAUACCGCUGUUUGGCCCGGUGACAAGCGCGGAGGUAGAGCUUUGAGACUCAAGACCGCGGCUCCUCAUGCACCUCCCCGCCAUACUCGAGAUAUCAAGCAUUGGGACGUGAAAUUGAAUCAACCUCCGGUUUCAGACAGCGUAGACACCACCUACUGGUGCAAGAUUUUCAAGGCACCUCAUAAGGAGAAACACCAUAUGAUCGGGUACACGCCACUCGUGGAAAAGGAGAACGAAGAUUUGGUUCAUCAUAUUAUAUUGUACGAGUGCGCCUCCACUUUGUCGAUCCUGGGACAACACGCGAGAAUCGUCGGAGCUCCGUGUUACAGUCCUACGAUGCCGCGAGAAUGGGAAUCAUGCUUGCAGCCGGUGCUUGCCUGGGCACGUGGUAGUACAGGUGAAUGGCUUCCGGAACACGUCGGCAUUCCCAUCGCGGAACAUCCUGAAGGCUCUUAUUACAUGUUAGAAGUGCACUAUAAUAAUCCGGAUAUGAAGAAGGUGGUAGACAGCAGCGGAGUACGUCUACACUUGACCGCGAACCUACGUCCUCAGGAAGCGGGAAUUCUGGUUGCCGGCGUGGCUGUUAGUCCUCUUCACCUGAUUCCACCGAAACAAAAGGAAUACGCCACGGCAGGUUACUGUACUCCUCAUUGUACCAACACUAUGUUCCCCGAAGGCGGAGUGAACAUCGUUUCGGUGGUCUUGCAUUCUCACUUGGCCGGUCGUCGUUUGAGUCUGAAACACAUUCGCCAAGGCAAAGAAUUACCCAGGAUAGUCGAGGAUAAUCACUUUGAUUUUGAGUAUCAACAGUCUCAUACUCUCGAGAAGGAGGUGAAAGUGCUUCCGGGAGACGAAUUGCUGGCUGAGUGUGUUUACGGUACGUUGGACAGGACGAAACCCACAUUGGGAGGAUACGCAGCAUCUCAGGAAAUGUGUCUGGCCUUUGUGGUGCAUUAUCCGAGAACACCACUCGCGGCUUGUUACAGUAUGACGCCGGUGAAACAUCUGUUCAAGACUCUCGGCGUGUACAGCUUCAAAGGCGUUACUAUGGAUCACCUGGAGAAGCUUUUCCUGACAACUAGGACCGAUGCCGUGACUAUUCCUUCCACCGGUCAACAACAGCUUCCGAUUUACCCUGCUACAAGGCCUAGCGAGGAAAUAGACGAAGAGCUUAUAAGGCAGGCAAAGUCUGCCUUGAUGGCUAUGAGGGAUUACACGGUAGAAAACGAGAACGACAACGUCUUCUCUCGAUUGAUCAUCGAAGAACCCGAAGAGUUCAGAGGUCGAACUUUGGCCGAACAUAUGCUGGCUCUACCCUGGACGGAGGAACUUCUCGCUAGAUCCAUCGAACAGAGUCUGUAUCAUGGCAGGCACAUGACAUUUUGCAGAAAGAGGGACGAUAAGCUCGCUCUGCCGGCCGACAUACAAACGUUCCCAAACUACACAGCACUGCCAGAAACAAACGAAACCACGUGCAGCGAAAUGGCAAUGCUGUCCAGCGCAUCGAGGAGCUUGUACUUUGACAUCGUGCCGCUUCUCACGAUUCUCGUUACGGCGAUCGUCGUUUCCUAAAAUUAAAGUCAAAUACGUAUUAGACGUUUGAUUGUCCGUUGUUUGAUCGUCGUCGAUUGUACGGUCAAACGUAUCCGUCUUAUUCGUCUCGCUUACAAAUCUGUAACUGUAAUCUGGCACUGUUCGAAACAGGCUAGAAACGAGCGAUCUCCUUCAACGAAUAAUUUACGAAACCGAUAUCUCUGCCCGCAAGGAUAGACGACAAGAUUUUGGAAAAAUUUUCACCGCCCGACACGUGUGUGUGUGUGUGUGUGUGUGCGUGUGCGUGUGCGUGUGCGUGCGCGUGCGUGUGCGUGUGCGUGUGCGUGUGCGCGUGCGUGUGUAUGUAUGUGUACGUAUAUGUGUAUACACACGCCCACACACGCACAAAAAUAUAAUAUAAUAUAUAUGUAUAAUGUAAUGUAAUGUAAAUAUACCAUCGACUUAUUUAUAAGGUAUUCGCGCUACAAGCCUUUCCCCUCUAUUUUAUAUGAAUUUUGUAUAAAAAAAAUAAACCAGUCUGUAGAAA